UGAUGCCUUGCUGCUCCCGUACUAAUCAUAUUGGCAGGCGGUACAAGAUCCAUCCGGGUCUCUCAGAUUCUUGUCUGGCGACCCGUCGCCAUUAGUGAACACUCGGUAUUUCGAUCGUGUUUUUUGGGGUUAAAACUCCUCAAAUCAUCACGUUUUCCAGAUUUUGGGAAACUUUAAACGCCUUUUAAGGGCACAUUGUUUUCCUAAACGGGUAGAAACCUUAGCUUUAGGGGUCUUGGCCCCGCGUGGCGAGCUUUCGUCCUAUCCUCCCAUAGCCUUCGUAACUUGAGACGCCAUAACCGUGUCUCUUAAUUUUUCUUUGGUUUGUUUGUUGUCAAGAUGUCGCCGUGAUGGAGUCUCCGCGUUUGAUAGAAAUGAAUCAGGGCCUUCGUCGCCUGACCCGCACUCACUGCAGCCCACUUUCCUCCUCCGUUUUUCCGUUUGAUGCUAGAGAGCUCGGCGGCUCUCUGCCCGAAGUUCGGCCUCAACAGCGCUCACUGCACGGAGACAAACAUGGAGAAAAACCCCAACAGCAGCACCAGCACCAAGGUUCCGCCCCGUUCCAGCUCUGCAGGCCCACCACCAGGCGAGUCUAAACCCAAAACAGAAGGUAAAAACAAUGGAGGCUCAAAGCGCUACAACCGUAAGCGUGAACCCUCCUUUCCCAAAGCUGAAAGUUUACCUGGCCCUCGCCGCACCAAUUCACAGAAAAGCAAGAAUUUUGACAAGAGACCCCCCCAGAGAGGUGGGGGGCGACAAUAUGGUGUUACAGGUGGAGGACGACGUGAGGAGGUAGCAGAGACGCGCCGGGCCGAGUUUAGCCCGGCUCAGUUUGCUGGACCGAAGAAAAUAAGCCUGAACCACCUGUUAAACUUCACUUUUGAACCCCGUGGAGGUAAUGGUGGCGUCGGAGAUGGGGGCCACUCCUGUUGGGGCCGCCGAAAUAAAUGGGGCCACAAGAAUAAGCCCUUCAACAAGGAGCUUUUUCUGCAGGCCAACUGCCAGUUUGUGGUGACCGAUGACCAGGACUACAAGGCCCACUUUACUGAUCCAGACACUCUGGUCAACUGGGACUGUGUGCAGCAGGUGCGCAUCUAUAGCCACGAGGUGCCGUCUUGCCCCAUCUGCCUGUACCCUCCUGUGGCAGCCCGCAUUACCCGGUGUGGACACAUCUUCUGCUGGCCCUGCAUGCUGCACUACCUGUCUCUGAGUGAUAAGAGCUGGUCCAAGUGCCCCAUCUGCUACGAGGCCGUGCACACCGAAGACCUGAAGAGUGUGGUUGCUAUGGAGACCAAGCAGUAUGUGGUUGGCGAUGUCAUCACUAUGCGACUGAUGCGGAGAGAAAAGGGAGCCCUGGUGGCCAUGCCGAGCUCUCAGUGGGUGAAAGUGGAGGAGCCUGUGCGCUUUGGAGAUGCCUCUUUGAGCCCGUACUCCAAGCUGCUGCUGACCUCCCCGGAACAGGUUCUGGGCCUGGUCACAGAGGAGAAGGCAGUCCUGCAGGCUCAGCUUAGCCAGGAAGAGGACAGUCAGGGCUGCUUCAUCCAGAGCGCUCUUUGUCUGCUGCAGGAGCAUGAGGAAAUGCUGCAGAAGCAUCAGAAGACAAAAACCGACUGCCCUGACCUGUCUUCUCUGACUCUAAAUCAACCUUCUUCCCCUGUGGAAGAAUUGGUGACUAAUGUCAGCAGUGCCAAGCCUGUGUUGCAGUACUCCUCGGCGUUUGACGAUGAGGUCAUUGAGCAAACAGAAGACACUGAUGCAGAGCUGCCAGGCUUUCCUGAAGCCGUUUUGGAGAGUGUGCUGGAGGAGCCCCCAGAACCCAUGGUGGACGUAGUUCCAGAGCUCCAGCUUGAUGAAGAGAGCCCAGCCAACCAGGCAGAGACAUCCCGCCCCUCUGCCAGCGCGGUGCAUGGUCCCUACUACUAUUUCUACCAAGCUGAAGACUGCCAGCAGAUGUUUCUGCAUCCUGUGAAUGUGCGCUGUCUGUUGCGUGAAUACGGCAGCUUGGAGGCCUGUCCCGACUCAAUCACCGCGUCAGUGGUGGAGAUUGUGGGACAGACGGUCACAGAGGACAUUCGUCGUCGGCAUCGCUAUCUGGCUCAUCUGCCGCUCACAUGCGAGUACAGCAUCUGUGAGCUGGCCUUGCAGCCGCCCAUCCUGUCCAAAGAAACGCUGGACACAUUCGCAGACGACUUGGAGAAAAGAAAGCGCCUGAGGCAGAAGAAGGUGAGGGAUGAGAAACGCCGGGAGAAGCGAAUUGAAAUGGAGGAAGGCAGGAAGCAGGGUAAAUAUCCUGAGGUGCAUAUUGGACUGGAGAACCUCCAUCAUUUCCCAGCAUUCAACUCUCCACCUGACGACAGCAGCCCACCGAUCCAGCCAGAUUUCACUUUGGCGCCCCCGUCACCCUUCAGCAGCAGUCCAUCCUCGGAUGGGAUGAGAUGCCCAAGUCUGUGUGCGCCCUCACCCACUGUGGGUAGCUUGGAGGAGGAUUCCCACUGCAUGUCUUUUGCACAGAUGCUGAGAGAUGGGAGAGCCAGGGUUGAUGCCGGGCCCAGGAUCACUCCAAAGAGAGAUAUGCUGCUUGCACCCCCAGCAGCAGACAGUGAUGGCGAGAGCGACGGCUCUGAUCGUGUCCCGGUGCCCAGCUUUCAGAAUUCCUUCAGCCAGGCUUUUGAGAAGGCACUUCUGCAGCUAGACAGCGGCCCAGCUUCUCCACCACAACCUGUGGUUGAACCAGAUGAAAAAGGAGGAAAGAAGAAGAAGAAAAAGCAGAAACUUUUGUUCAGCACGUCCAUGGUUCACACAAAGUAGACACUGAUUCUCAUGUCACAAUGGUGUUUCCUGAUAUCUUUCCACUGCUAGUUUACUACCACGUAGAUCUUUCUUGGGAGAGGUUUUAGGCCGUAGCAAAAGUUCACGCUGCUUUAGACAUGACUCUGACAGCUCAAUCCAUUUAUCAGGAGUCUUCUCAUCACUUUAAUUUCCUUUCAUUUUAUUCUUGUGUUGUACUAAAGGUCAAAGCUGUGCGCUAUCUUCCUGUCACACUGAAAGCCUUAUGGGGUAACCUGUAGCUCAGAUGCUAACAGAAUGUAAAAAGUUUUUUGCUUUAAUAUGAAAUGCGCUUUAGGCUUCUUAUGACUAAUUGACCUUGAACUUUGCAUUUGGACCCAUGAGUCAUUCGGAUAAGAUACUUUGAGUGUGCUUCAUACCCAAGUAGCAGUCAGCCAGCUGCGCGUAUGUUGCACCUGCACAGUAUCAGCGAGCAACUUCUCCCUACAAAAGUCAAAAUGAGUACAGUGUUCAGUGUUGAUCGCAGGAAAACAACCUGUGUGCUCCCACAGAAAUAAGAGCUGUAGUAUUUUCCCAAUACCAUCCUGAAUAUAUGUGCUAAUACCAUAAAACACAGCAGUAUGCAAGGGGUAAGUUCUGUUGGUCCAACAGAACACGUAUAUUCUGCUUGAUUGAAAUAUAAACACCAUUUAUCCCUAUUAAGUUUCUCCUUUUCCAUUUUCUGAUGGGGAGUGUUUACUCAUUUAAACUUUACUCCUCCAGUUUUAUUUCAGUGUUGACAAUGUGUGACAUGGAGGAUUGCUGAGUGUUAAAUGCUUGUGAAAUCUGGAGAGGCGUGGCUUGAAUAUUUUUGUUUAAGGGUAAUUUCAUCCACCUAUUAAGGUUUAUAGGCUGGUAAGCAUAACUAGUCUGAAUAAAGAUUUAUUCACAAUCAAA